AUGCCCUCUGCUCCUGCUGAAGCAGCCCAUGAUGGAGAAGCACAAGGUGGCUGCUUCAACUGGGCUCAUGUUCUUAAGCUUAUGGCAGUGGACAAGGCUGAGGGGGACAUUGCAGCCACUGCCACUGGGAUAGCAAACAUCAGCUCUGCAGCUGCUGACAAAGCAUCUGCCAGUGUUGGAGGACUCCCUAAUGCCAGCACUGAAAAAGGAGUUCCUGUCACAAACACCAUGCACAUUCAAGAGGGGACUGCACAUGAUCUCGGAGAUGGGGAAGAAGAUGAGGAUGAGUAUGAGGCAUCAGACUAUGGUGUGGAGGAUGCCAUUUUCAUGGAUGAGGAGGCGUCUAUAGGCACUGGAGUUCCCAUGACUGAGAUCAGCCCAGUUACUGCUGCCCCUGCUGCGGGUCCUCGCAUGGCUCCCCUGAAGAAGACCAGGAAGCAGAACCAUGCCAAGAAGGACCACAAGUAUCUCUGUCUUCAGCAGGGAUAUGUUAGGGCAACACAGGCUGACUAA